GAGUAGGCCAGCGAGACGAUCACGAUGCACGGAGGCGAGCACAAGCGGCCAGGGGCACAGGGCUGAGGGCUGAGGGCUCGACGGGGCCUCGAGUUACGUUCACGGGCCGGCCGCGACGCAGCCAGCGAGCGAUGGAGCAGCCCAAGACUCCGGCGUCCCGGCUAUUCAACACGACCUGCAUCGAGAACAAGGACGACCUGGAAGAGAAAUUGGAGAGAUGUCAUUCGACGUUGCAAAAUUUGAUCACGGGACUCUCGGAGAAGGAAGCCCACGACACGCUGAACAAUGCAGUAUGCAAGGACAAGACACACGAGGAGGUUUCCCUGGGUUUACUAGUGAUCAUCUUGACAGAACCGCAGAAUGCUGCAAAGAGUUACAGAGACUUGACAUUGAUCACACGAGAUGGCCUAGGCAUUGUGUUGCUUCAUCUGAAUCAAUUAGUACUGGAUAAAUAUUUGAGAUUAAAUGACGUUACCAGGAGCCAGUUAUUGUGGUUGCUAAGGGAAAUGAUAAGGACUAGUGUAACUAAUGUGGAUAAUCUUUGUUUGACUUUGUUGAGGCAUGCGGCAGGCGGGGAUAUUUCCCCUAAGAACUUAUUCCUAGUUGACGCCCUCUUAGAUAUUUUUCAAGAAAAUCGAGCGUGGUUGGAUAAAUUUUCUUUUUUAGUAGCAUCAAUUGUGUACACGUAUUUACGGUUAAUAGAAGACCACAAUGCACCUCAUUUGGCUGGUUUAAGGCAAAAGGAAGUGACCUUCACAACAUCUCUGAUAAAGGAACGAAUGGCAGACUGCCUAGCUAUUGGAAGAGAUUUGGUCCGUUUACUACAGAACGUCGCGAGAAUACCGGAGUUUGAAGCACUCUGGAAGGAUAUAUUACUCAAUCCGAAAUCUCUCUGUCCAAAUUUUAACGGUGUUCUUCAAUUAUUACAAACUAGAACCUCCAGAAGAUUUUUACAAUCUCGUUUGACGCCGGAAAUGGAAAGGAAACUCGUGUUUCUGACGAGUAACGUCCGUUUCGGCAAUCAUAAGCGUUAUCAGGAUUGGUUUCAGAGGCAAUACUUGGCAACACCUGAAUCCCAAUCGUUAAGAUGUGAUCUAAUUCGUUUUAUCGUUGGAGUCAUACAUCCUACGAAUGAACUGCUAUGCUCUGACAUUAUUCCGCGAUGGGCAGUAAUAGGCUGGUUAUUCACAACGUGCACUUCCACCGUGGCUGCCAGUAAUGCAAAGCUGGCUCUGUUCUAUGAUUGGCUGUUUUUCGAUCCUGACAAAGACAAUAUCAUGAAUAUUGAACCUGCAAUCCUUGUUAUGCACAAUUCAAUGAGGUCUCAUCCACCUGUCACUGCCACACUUCUAGAUUUUUUAUGCAGGAUAAUACCAAACUUCUAUCCUGCGCUAACAGAGAAAGUCAGAAACGGUAUAUUUUCAUCAUUGCGACAAAUUUUGGAAAAACGCGUUUUGCCUAGCCUAUAUCCGUUAUUUGAUAGUCCGAAGCUCGAUCGAGAAUUAAGAAGUAAAAUACGGGAAACUUUUAAGGAAUUUUGUCUACCACCAAAUACAGAAAUGCAUGGUAAAAUGGAAGAGCUCAACAAGGAGCACAAUCCAGGGACUGUAAUAGAAAAUACCACAAAUUCUACCAUGGAAAACAAUCACGUGGUACAAGAUCCAGAACCAGCAUUCAGUGAUGAAGAAGAGGAAUCUCCUCUCAGAAUAGUGAUGAAAGUGGAAGAGGAAGAAGACGAGGAGGAUGUACCAUUGUCUGCUGUAAAAUUGAAAAAUGAUCAAAAGAACGCGAACUGCGUCGUGAAGAAGGAGGACAUUACGUCGCAUUUACGUCUCAUAUUGGAGCCGGAAGAGUUGAGAACUAGUAUAGAAACAUUGCAUACGGAAACUGACAAUGAGUCGAGAUGCCAAGCGAUGGAAAGGAUAGUACAAAUGGUCGUGGAGGACGAAAUAGAUGCAGAGACAAUACCCGCGUUAGCGUCCUGUAUAUCAACUAUCUUAUCGCCACAGAUCACGGCGCAGAUUUUUCCGUCGGAUAAUCUAAAUGAAGAAGUAUUGGCUGAUAGUAUAAGCACACCAUUGUUUGUUAUGUUUCGAAACCAGUUUCAAUUAUGCAAAGAAGAAGAUAAUAGGCGGAAGCUUUUGGCCAGGGUGCUAGCGGAAAUGCAAUCAAUUCAAUCUAGGAUAGGUUUUCUCCUUCUUUAUUUCUUAAAAGUCUGGGGCAGAGAAGAAGAGAAAAGAGAAGGCGAACCGAGCAAUGUUCUGAACGAUGUCAAAGCAUCAGUAUAUAAAGACUUCUGUGCGCAACGAGAAAAAAAAUUGGACGUUUGUCUGGUGUCAGAUUUAAAGCUUUGCCAUGAAGAUAACAUAUUCAUGUUAUGUUAUCUCGUGCCUGACGUAUAUACAGGGUUUCAAAAUGUCGCCGUCGGAAAUGUUCAACUGUUACAUCUUGUCGUGUCCACUGUGGAUUCGUGCCAGUUACAAGAUCUAGUUUGUCAAAUAAUGCAAGGCCAUCUAAAAAUGUUGAAGAAGGAAUCGUUCACCACGCUAUUAACAGCCAGCUUAAAUUGGGAGACAUUCGAGCAGUACUGUUUCUGGCAGCUCAUAUUCGCACACGAUUUUCCCAUUGAUUACGUACUGCCAGUUUUGCCGAAAUUACAGUUUCGUAAUCACGCGGAGGCACUUACUUCAAUCUUGUUUAUGCUUAAGCAAGAAAAACCAACGUUGGAUCUUCUACGACAAUUACUCGCCCGACAAAGCGUUGAUGGCGAUAUGUUUGUUGUGGCAGCGUUACGUUACUGGUGUCGCGAUUAUGAAGAAAAACUUGGCGAGCUGCUUGCGAAUCUACUUAGUACCCGUUAUCCUGCGACCAGUCCGAACAAACGGAAACGUUCUGGAGCCAAACAGAAUCAACAAUCUGCUGGUCCACCUUCCGGCGAACAAGUUCUCGGUCAUCUAGAUCAAUUACGUCAACACUGUAUGUCCUCCGCGGAAUUACAGUUAUAUCACUCGGAAGGAAUGCAAAGGGCAUUACAACAGGCGCAGGCGGCAAGUAGUGAUUCACUGAGGAAAAGUUACGGCGAUCUCUUUGCGCUUGCAGAAGUCAAUGAAGAGAAUGAACCGCCACCACCGAGUAGUUCCGCGAGAAAACACACUACUGCUUCCUCUGGAGGUGGUGGGGCCAGUGGUAAGGGUGGCCAUGCCAGGAAAACCGGUGCUAACACGAGAGAAAGAUCCAAUUUGAAGAGACCACUUCCACGAUAUCAUAUUGAUAGUACCUCUAGUAGCGAGGAAGAAGAAAUUGUGAAUCCAAAGCAAGCGAAAAAAAGGAAAAAGAUCAAUCCAGUGGGCUCGGACAGCGACUGA